AAAAAAGAGGGAAGAUUUGACAAACAAAAGAUGAGUUGCUUUUCUUGCUUGAGCCCUAAGCAAAAGGCCCUUAUUGAAUAUGAUGAGGACAUGACCCCAAAAUCCCUUGCAUCUUCAGUUGGUGCGAAGGGAAAGGCGAGCCUUGUCGAAAAUGACAUUUCGAAAAGGGUUGAUUCCAUGAGAGGCAAAGGCAAGGAAAGCAAUCCACAGAAAGUCGACGUGGCCCGCAGCUUCACGCUAAAGGAACUCGCUCAAGCCACAAGAAAUUUUCGAGAAAUGAAUUUAAUCGGUGAGGGUGGUUUCGGGAGUGUCUAUAAGGGUCGUCUAGAAUCUGGCACGAUUGUAGCCGUUAAGCAGCUCAAUCUUGACGGGCUUCAGGGGAAUCAAGAAUUUAUAGUGGAGGUUCUUAUGCUAAGCCUUCUUCACCACCCGAACCUUGUCAACUUGAUCGGUUAUUGUACGGAUGGCGAUCAGAGGCUGCUCGUUUAUGAGUUCAUGCCUAUGGGCAGCCUCGAGAAUCACUUGUUUGAUUUAGAGCCCGAUCAGAGGCCGUUGAGUUGGAGCACGAGGUUGAAAAUUGCGGUGGGUGCGGCCCGCGGGCUUGAGUACUUGCAUUGUAAAGCGAACCCGCCUGUAAUAUACCGUGACCUUAAGUCGUCGAACAUAUUGCUGGACAACGAGUACAAUGUGAAGCUUUCGGAUUUUGGGCUGGCCAAGCUUGGGCCGGUUGGGGACAAAACCCAUGUCUCGACUAGGGUUAUGGGGACUUACGGGUAUUGCGCGCCUGAGUAUGCCAUGAGUGGCAAGCUGACUUUGAAGUCGGAUAUCUAUAGUUUCGGAGUUGUCUUGUUGGAGCUUAUCACGGGCCGCAAGGCCAUGGACUUUAGUAAAAAGCCCGGCGAGCAGAAUCUGGUCGUGUGGUCUCGGCCGUUUCUCAAGGAUCGGAGGAACUUUGUCAAGAUGGUGGACCCAUUGCUCAAAGGGAAAUUUCCGGUGAAGAGCCUUCAACAUGCGGUCGUGAUUACCUCAAUGUGCCUUCAAGAAUUAGCGAGUGCACGGCCCGCCAUAAGUGAUGUGGCGACCGCGCUCGAGUACUUGGCUUCACAGGCGAACGACUCGCGUAAAAUCCGGUCGCAAAGGGCUUCACCAUCCUCGGCUUAGAUGGGUUUGUUUGUUUUCCGAACCGUUGAUUCUUGAAAGAUGCGAACUUGUAGUGGAAAAUUUGUGAAGACGAGGACUAGAAGUUGCUAUAUAUAUGUUGUUUAUUAGGCUGUGUUGUUCUCGAUUGUGGAAGCCGAAAAAUUAUUGGAGAAAAAAAGAGAGAGAAAGAGAAAGAGGUGAUAAAUCUAUUUCGAUGACUUAAAAGUGGAUCGGAAUAGUAUGAGAGAUCGUUUGUUGUCGUAAAUGUUAUUUUCGACGAGGCGAAAAAAUAUAAGAGAUGUAUACAUCUUCUGAAUUUGUGUAGCAGUGCUUGCUGUGAAU